AUGUAUGACACUGAUAUGGGCAUGAGUAUGUUAACAGAAACACAGCCAGACUUUAACACAGGACUUGAAACACAGCCAGACUUUAACACAGGACUUGAAACACAGCCAGACUUUAACACAGGACUUGAAACACAGCCAGACUUUAACACAGGACUUGAAACACAGCCAGACUUUAACACAGGACUUGAAACACAGCCAGACUUUAACACAGGACUUGAAACACAGCCAGACUUUAACACAGGACUUGAAACACAGCCAGACUUUAACACAGGACUUGAAACACAGCCAGACUUUAACACAGGACUUGAAACACAGCCAGACUUUAACACAGGACUUGAAACACAGCCAGACUUUAACACAGGACUUGAAACACAGCCAGACUUUAACACAGGACUUGAAACACAGCCAGACUUUAACACAGGACUUGAAACACAGCCAGACUUUAACACAGGACUUGAAACACAGCCAGACUUUAACACAGGACUUGAAACACAGCCAGACUUUAACACAGGACUUGAAACACAGCCAGACUUUAACACAGGACUUGAAACACAGCCAGACUUUAACACAGGACUUGAAACACAGCCAGACUUUAACACAGGACUUGAAACACAGCCAGACUUUAACACAGGACUUGAAACACAGCCAGACUUUAACACAGGACUUGAAACACAGCCAGACUUUAACACAGGACUUGAAACACAGCCAGACUUUAACACAGGACUUGAAACACAGCCAGACUUUAACACAGGACUUGAAACACAGCCAGACUUUAACACAGGACUUGAAACACAGCCAGACUUUAACACAGGACUUGAAACACAGCCAGACUUUAACACAGGACUUGAAACACAGCCAGACUUUAACACAGGACUUGAAACACAGCCAGACUUUAACACAGGACUUGAAACACAGCCAGACUUUAACACAGGACUUGAAACACAGCCAGACUUUAACACAGGACUUGAAACACAGCCAGACUUUAACACAGGACUUGAAACACAGCCAGACUUUAACACAGGACUUGAAACACAGCCAGACUUUAACACAGGACUUGAAACUAUUGAUGUUGUUGAUGUAUUAGAUUCAGCUUCUCAGAACAAAAAGUUCCAGUAG